ACAAUAUUCCACUGAUCAUCAAUAGUAGCUAUAGGUGUCACAGCCAAGAUGCUUCUCCUCGCUGCCUUUCUUCAGACACUGACUGUCACCUUGUGCAUAGAGUCUGCUCCCUAUAGAGUGGUCAGCAAUACUGAGACAUACGAGGAGCGCAUUUAUCCUGCCCAGAAAUGGGUGACUACAUCUCACCUCUCCAUCUCUCACAACGAAGCCUCCAACGACAUGUUUCACGAUCUCUUCAACUUCAUCGAUGGCCAGAAUGACGCCGGCAUUAAGAUAGACAUGACUGCCCCCGUGACUGUCCUGGUGCAGCCUGGUGAAGGUCCAAACUGUGAGAAUAACUUCACUAUGAGCUUUUAUGUUCCUGCUGCUCACCAAGACGCGCCGCCUACACCUAUCAACACUGAUGUGUACAUAGAGGAGCGUCCAGAGUUGCAUGUCUUCUCAAGGAGGUUCCACGGGUUUGCCCAAGACAAGGACUGGAUCUUCAAUGCUGAUGCUCUGGCUCAGGACCUCCUAACAGCUGGCGAGGAGGAUAUCAACCUGCAACACUACUAUACCGCUGGGUACGACUCUCCCUUUGUUAUCUUCAACCGCACUAAUGAAGUCUGGAUCAUGAAGAAGUGAAAUAGACUUCAGCAAUAAUUAG